AAUGACCAAUAUAUGACUAAUGCUAUAUUAUGGUAUAACAUUGCUAAUGAGUGAGCGCGAGGAUUCGCUUAGCUAAUUUCUCUUUAUUAUUAGAAGUCUCGUGCUAAUCACCUGAACGCAGCGCGAGCCUGUAGUGUAUGCUAAUUUAAUUCAUGGCUUUAGGUUCCUGUAGCUUUAAAUGAUGGAAACUAGGCGAGGCUGAGCUGCUGUCACUUAGCGGAGUCACCGGCACACGUGACACAAAUGGCGUCUCCUUAUUGGUAGGAGGCACGUGUCUAGGAUACGGGAGUGCGACGUCACACGGGAGUCUCGUAUUAAAAAUAAGAACAAAAAAAAAUCCGUAGUGAAAGUAUUUGAGAGCCAGUUGGCAGCUCUUUAUUUAGCCGUUAUUUGCUCACUGAGGCGCGACUACAGCACCGGCUCCUACAGCGGCCUUAUUAUUACUAUUAUUACUCCUGCUCUUAUUAGCAGCAUCUCUUUGGCUUAAUAAUAACAUUCCUGCAAUAUUAUUAAGAACUACUUCUUGGAGCUCGUUGUGGAAUUAAAAUCUAUAAUUAUGUUUUUUCUUUGUGCGCACAAGAAGCGCUCGGGUGGCAUUUAAUAUCCAGAAAAAAGAUUUUUUUUUCUGUCUCUCAUUUUACUGUCGUUCACUUUUUUUUUUUUUUUUUUUUGAACUGAAGAAAAAUAUAUAUAUAUACAUAUACAGAAGAGGAAAUUAUUUAAACAAAAAAAAAAAAACAAAUCAAAAACAAAAACAAAACCCUGGAAGUCGGGAGCGCUCGCCUGCGUGCGGGAGAGAAAGGGGUUAAGGAGAGUUUCAGGAUGGAAGAGAAAGAUCAGAGCAGCAGAGAUGCAGGAGAUGAAUCCAACCGAGCCAUCCUGCCUCUGCUCGAGCCUCCCGGAAACCUGCACCGGAUCACCAACUUCUACAUCGACAACAUUUUGCGCCCGGACUUCGGACGCAGGAAAGAAAGCGCCGCCGCAGUCAACGCCACAGAGCGCAGCGACAUCAACGCGUCCGGGAGAGAGAACCGGUGUCCUUCAGAGGCGGGGACCGACACAGAGCGAGCAGGAUCACCGGGGACGGGGGAAGGAGCAUCAAACCCCGCCGUCAGCGGCUCGAAGCCCGGGGCGGAAAGCGGCGCGGAUCAAUGCGCAAACUCGCCCAAUAACCAGCCGAUGCUGUGGCCAGCCUGGGUUUACUGCACCAGAUACUCGGACAGACCCUCAUCAGGGCCCCGAUCACGCAGACCAAAGAAGAAGAGUGUGUCUCGGGAGGAUAAACGGCCCCGCACGGCCUUCACGGCGGAGCAGCUGCAGCGGCUGAAGGCGGAGUUCCAGUCGAACCGGUACCUGACGGAGCAGCGGAGACAGAGCCUCGCCACCGAACUGCAGCUCAACGAGGCCCAGAUCAAAAUCUGGUUCCAGAACAAGAGGGCCAAAAUCAAGAAGGCGUCGGGCACCAAGAACAGUCUGGCGCUGCACCUGAUGGCGCAGGGGCUGUACAACCACGCCACCACCGCCAAGGACGACAAAUCAGACAGCGACUGAUCACAACGCGUCAUAACGCGUCAUAGCGCGCGCAUAGACCUGAACCAUGAGCGGCCUGGGUGCUCGGAGAACCAGCGGACACGGACUGGAUGAGCUUUUAUCUCUCUGCAAUACCUUCAUGUAGCCUUUCAUUUUAUGUGGUGUGAGUUUGAGUUGUUUUUUUUUUUUUUUAAUUAUUAUUAUUAUUAUUAUUAUUAUUAUUAUUUCUUUGCAAACAUUAACUCUGCUGUCCACACAGAUGAAGUAGCCUACACUCUCAGAGAAAAGGGUACUACAUGGUACCAGGCCCUGUCGCUGUAGUGGUGCCAUCAAGUGUACACUUUCAGUACCUUUAGUGCAAAGCUUUACUUCCGGCCUCAGAGACACCCGCGGGCCGGUUAGGAAUCAUCAGUGUUUUAUUAAAGUCACUCCUUCCACACUUCCGGGUGAAACCCUGAGCUUCAGCUCGGUACCUUUUCUUCUCAGAGUGUUUAUGAGUUCUUAUUUAAAGUAAAGCGCUUCUGAUUGACUCCUGAUCCUCUUUAAUCCAUGCUGAAGUCCAAAGAGUUUUCAUUUCCUUGCUGCAUUCAGGCAACUGUGAUUUUAAAAUAAUAAAAAAAAAUAUGUUUAUGUCCGUUUUCCAUGUUUUAUGUCUAAUGUUAUGAUUCCGGAAGAAUAUUUUUUAAGUUUUAUGGAUUUUUUGGUUUUAAGCUGGAAUUUUUUUUUUUUUUAAGUACCACAGCAUAUGGAGAUGUGUACACAUUAUACGCAUUAUACUGUAUUUAUAGGUUUAUAAGCAAAAGGUCUAUUUAACUUUGUUACAGGUUACACGUCAUUAUUAUGUUCGCACACAGCACGGUCUCGCGCGAGAAAAUGCGUAGGAACUCGUACGAAAAAAAAAAAAAAAAAAAGCGCAGUGGGCGGGGCUUAGCAGUCGGGGCGUUUAUUACGAUUUCUUGGAAGUCCUACGAUUUUUUUUUUUUUUUUGCGUGAAAUCGUGAUGUCAUACAGAUAUUAAUAUAAUUCUUUCAUUUUCAGGUUCAGACAACUGAAUGGCGAAGUCGCAUACUGAAUGGAAAUACUUGACCCAUGAAUAUCCGUUUCUUUCUCUUUUCCUUCUUUCAUCCCUCAAUUUAUUCACCAAUCCAAUAAUGCGUUUUUUUUCUUCUUUCUUUUUCUUCCCUCUUUCCUUCAUUUUUUUCUUUCUUUCUUUCCUGCAUCACUCAAUUCAUUCACAAAUUCAGUCAAUCCUCUUUUUUCUUUUUCGUUCUUUCUUUCAUUUCUCUUUCUCUAUUUCUCCUACUUUUAAACUCGCUUUUUUUUCUUUCUGUGCGUUUUUUUUUUCAAAAGCAAUAUCCUAGAUUUGUGUUUUAGCUUGUUGAGUGUGAUUUUUUUUCAUAAUUUGGAAGAAAAAAGCAUGAAGGCUACUCUCAGACAGCAGACUCCGAUCUCAUCAGCGACUUGAUCAGAUUUCAGUCAGAAAAAUUCCUCAUUUUAUUUUCAUUCCCAUGUGUCACUUUCCACACAAGCGAUUUUCUACGAAUUUGUAUUUGUUCCCACGAUUUUUUUCCCUUUUCAUGUCAUCAUGCAAUAACUAGGAGACAAGAACAGUUGAAGAAACCAAAUUGUGACCUUUUAUUUAGUGUGAACUGCGUCCUGGUGUAAUUUUCGGAAGAAAAAAAAAAAAAAAGUGUGUAUGAUAGAUCCAUUCACCAAACAAACACACACACUUUGCCUUAAAGUUCUGAGAGGAACUUGUUUUUGUUCUGUUUUGUUUUUUUUCUAUGAGAAACUGUGCUCUUCAUUAUCUAUAGGCCUAUAAAGAAACAAUUUACAGCAGAAUCUACAAAGGAUAUAAAACAGAAUGAGAUAAUUUAAGUUUCUGUUCCCUUCUUUUUUUAAAUGUAAAAUUUCAUGUGGUUUUCUUUGGAAGUAUUCUUAAAAAAAAAGAUGUACAUAAUUUGUAUCAUGUUUAUUUGUGGCAUUAAAUCCAACUGGAUGAAUAAGUCAAUAAAACAAGGCUUAUUUGUAAGGUCAUGGUGUUCACUCUCUUUAUUCAGGAAGUUAGGUUUCUAAUAUUAUAUCCAGUCAACACUGAACAAGGAGUUCAAUCCUGAACUCACACACAAUUUAUAGAAAAUCAAACCAGUAAAGAAAAUAAAACUGGAUUUCAUUGAUUUCAUACAAACUGAUCGUCAAAUGAACAAAGUUUACAGGCAUGUCUUAUCUGCUCUACAGCUCUCUGAUCAACUCUGCUUGUGUUAAAUGUGCUUUAGAAAUUAAAUGCACUUUUUUUUUUUUUUUUUUUUUUUUACUAACACUGUAAAUAAAA